AUGAAGAACAAGAUCUUGGAGGCAAAGACACAAGCUCAGAAGCUGGGUGUCCCGGCCAAGAUUCAGCCCUUGCCAGGCGUCAACAUUGCCUUUGCCUCGACUGGUCUAGCAGCUCUGGGAAAAUUCACCUUCAACGAGGCCACCGUCAAGAGGGACAGAUAUCAAUACAAGAUCUUCAAGAAGAACCAGCUCCGUGGUGGCUUGUUCGGGAAGGGCAUGUAUGACGACCUGGUGGGCGAGGGCUGGGACGAGCCGAAAGAGCUUCGAGAACAGUUCAAGCCGUCUGCGGGAAAGCGGCUGAUUGAUGGCGUGCUGAUGGUAACGGCGAGUCGUGAGGAUCACCUGAAAUACCAGGCCAAUCGCGUCAAGGAGUACUUCAUUAAGGAGCCGGGCAGUGGUGAUGCUGAUACUUAUCGGAUCAGCAAUGACCCCGUCCUUGAUUAUGGUGAUCAGCACGGACUGACUGUGAUUUUCAGCUUCGGCUUCGAGGACGGCAUUAGCCAGCCCUUGAUUGAGGGAUUGGAUGAAGUGGCGCCCAAGGGCAAAGAGCCAAAGGCUGUCAAGUCAGGAUUGAUCUUCGCCAAACACGACGGCGACGAUAUGAACCAGCCGGAAUGGGCCGAGGACGGCAGUUUCCUCGUAAUCCGUGAGCUUCAACAGCUCGUCCCUGAGUUUGAGAAGUGGCUCGAAGACAACAAACACAAUGCGCCGUUCGCCGCGAGCUCCGAUAACCCGAAGGAAAAGCUUGCAGCGUAUUUGGUGGGCAGAUGGAGGAACGGUACGUGUCGAUCUAUCAAAACCCCCGUCGACGAGAACCCUCACGACGACAAAGACGCAAGCCUUUUCCGAUCCAACAACUUUGACUUCCACCCCACCAACAAGCACGACAGAUGCCCCUUUGCAGCUCAUAUCCGCAAGAUGCGGCCCCGCGGCGACCUGGAACACGAUCACGCGGUUAUCAUCCGUCGUAGCAUCUCCUACGGAGGCGAAGUGACGCCUGAAGAAAAGGCCGCACAGAAGUCUGAUGAUGAGAACGAGCGCGGCUUGAUGUUCGUGUGCUACCAAAGUGACAUCCGCAACGGAUUCAACUUCUUUACCACCCGCUGGGCUAGCAACCACCACUUCCCGGACCGCAAGUCGAACUUUGUUGGCGAGCACGGUCCUGGUAUCGAUGCCAUUGUGGGCCAGAGACUUGCUCACCACCCGCCUCGCUCUAUCGGUCUGCCUGAUGGCAAGGAUCCUACUGAGGCGCGUAUUGGACUCGACCGCUGGGUGAUCCCACGAGGGGGUGAAUACUUCUUCACGCCAUCCAUCAAGGCGCUGAAGGAAUAUCUGACUGGCCCCCCUGAUUAUCCGCCAGCGCUUGCCGAUCCUUGA